GGCUUGGUUUUUUCACAGUCAAGAAAGAAAGAGUUAAGUUGAAGCUCCCCCUUUUUUGAGCUCACAAAUUUGAGAAGAGAGAGAAAUAAUGGCGGAGAUUGAAAACCAGAAAGGAUUUCAAAUUGAUUUGGGGAAUCUUUUCGCUUUUAACCCUAAUCACUAUUUCCCUGUUAUCCCAUCUUCAAGGGAGGAGUUGGUGAAAGAAUGCCUGGAGAAGGGAACAGAACUAGCACAAGCAAUUGCAGAUUCCCUCUUCAACUUGCCUGCUACUGAAGAUGUUGAUGGACCCAUUGUCAAAUUGCCUCCACCGACUACUAGACUUCCUAGGCAGAAGCAUCUCCCCAAAGCACAGCCACAAACAAAGUGGGAGGCUUUUGCACAGAAGAAGGGCAUAAAGAAGCGCAAGAAAGACAAAAUUGCAUAUGAUGAAAGGACUGGUGCUUGGAAGCGCACCUACGGGUAUGAUCGUGCAAAUGAUAAAGAUGAUAUUCCUAUUAUUGAUGCCAAGCCAACUGAUGAGCCUGGCUUGGAUCCUUUUGCAAAGCGAAAAGCUGAGAAGAAGCAGCGAGUAGAGAACAAUGAGAAGAAUCAUUUGAAGAAUCUAAAGGUGGCUUCAAAGAUUGGUGCCCUGCCGAGCCAUGUUCAACUAGCUGCUACAGCAUUGCCCAUAAGUGGAAGUCAUGCCGCUCCAAAGAAACUCAACAAAACUGAACUAGAGGAAGUUGCUGGUGCAGCUGCAACAUCCACAGCUAGUAUCGGGAAAUUUGACAAAAAAUUACCUGGAGAAAAGCCAUUAAAAAACAAAGGGAAACAUCGAAAGUUUCUACCUGUUGCACAAGGAAAGGGUAUGGGUUUGCAAGAGAAAGAACAAACUGAUAAGAUUCUGAACAAGCUCUUCUCCAAGCAUUCUCACGAGUCACUUAAUGUCAACAAGGCUGUUAGAAAUAUCAAUUUGCAGCAGGAGAAGCAGCAACAAAGGAACAAACGAGACAAGGGUUCCUCAAGUAAGUUGGAUCCGAAGAAAAAAUCUUUCAAGAAAUCCCCAUAUAAAGGAUCUUCAAACAAGGGAUCUUCAAACAAGGGAUCUUCAAAGAAGGGGUCAUUUAAAUCAAAAUCAUCUUAGAACUGUUUAAUCUUAGACAACCACAAAAAUUCUCCGUAAGCUACUUCUCUAAGUUUAAUAUCAUACAUGUGUAUGUAUGUAGUAGUAUGAGACAUCAAAAUUUUGGCUAUUUAUGCAAUUCCAAUUCGAGUUUGUUA